AUGCAGGCGGCGCUCCGUGAGGCGCUCGACCAGUACUUUGCAACAACCCAGUUCAACUUCACUAAAGAUACCUACAUUACAGCUUUGCGCCAGUCGAUGGAGGCGGUCUACCUCAGAAAGAGACCUUUGGUCAGUAUAGACAUCGAGGCGUUCGAAAGGAAUCCUUCUAAAGUGACGGAAGUGGGGGUGGCCAUCUACGAUCCCGAAGCACAGCAGCUCCUGCUUCAGCCGACCAUAAAGACACUUCACAUCAUCAUCAAAGAGAACAAGCAGAUGCUCAACACGCGCUUUGUGCCCAACAAGAAGUUUGAGUUCAACGGAGGUUACUCGUAUGAGCUUCUGAUGAUCCAGCUGCGUCAGUUCCUUGCGAACCUCUUCAACCACUACCUUGUCGACUGCAGAGGCAGUCUUGUGGGUCACAAUGUGGAUGGUGACAUCAAGUGGAUCAGAGGCAUGGGCGUCAAGUUUGACAACCCUUCGGUGGUUGACACGAUGAAGAUAUUCAGCUACUCCCGGUCCAAGGGCACCACGCUUCGUGGGCUCUUGAGAACUAUGGGUAUCCCACAUGCCAACUUGCACAAUGCCGCCAACGACGCCUACUACACGUUGCUCGCGUCGUUUGCCCUUUGUGAUCCACAGCAGCGAGAACGGUUCAAUUUGGAUACGUAUUUAACGUUGUACCCCAGCGAUCUCCCGAAAAAGGUGCGUGAUGCGGACAAGAGGCGUGAAAAGUUCCUGGACUUUGCGUUGUUGGAGGUGCAGCAGCCCAUUUUUGAGGAUUUCCGUGACUCAGCGCUGUGGUUCAACAGCAAGGUGCAACUGACGAGUUAUCCCUAUGAUAGAGAAGCCGCCGAGGCAGCUGCAGCUGAAGCGAAAGCAGCGAAAGAAAACGGACAAGCGGAAGUAGUUGAGGUGGAGGAGGAGACGCCAAGAGAAGCACCUACUCCGAAGCCGAAGCCCAAGCACAAGAAGUGGAAGAAGUAG